AUGCCGGGCAAAGACUACUAUAGCAUCCUUGGGAUCAGCAAGGAUGCGAACCAGGAUGACAUCAAGAAAGCGUAUCGAAGAGCUGCACUGAAGUGGCAUCCAGACAAGAACCAGGAUCGGCGGGCAGAGGCUGAGGAGAAGUUCAAGGACAUCGCAGAGGCCUACGAUGUUCUCAGUGAUCCAGAGAAGAAGUCGAUCUACGACCAGUACGGCGAAGACGGUUUGAAGGGUGGCGUGCCAGGGCCUGAUUCUGCAGGCGCUGGUGGCAUGCCUGGGGCGCCCGGUGGCUUCCACUACCAAUUCUCUGGAGAUCCGAAUGACAUGUUCGCCAGGUUUUUCAAGGACUCUUUCCAUCGAUCAUCCUCCUUUGGGGAGUCCCCUUUUGAGGAAAUGUUUGGAAUGUUCGGAGGCAUGGGUGGCAUGGGUGGCAUGGGCGGCAUGGGCGGCAUGGGCGGCAAUAUGCCUGGCGGCAUGCGUGGGGGCAUGGGGCAAGGCAGCCAAGCUUCCAGGCCUGCGGUGUUUGAUUUGCCAUGCUCGCUGGAGGACCUGUACAAUGGAGCAACCAAGAAGAUGAAGGUGAAGCGCUCUUCGGCUACGCUUGUCCGCGAUGCUGAGGCUGUGCUGGAGGUUGAGGUGAAGCCUGGCUGGAAAGCUGGCACGAAGGUGACUUACCCUGGUGAAGGAGACGAAAUUGGAAACUCAGGCAAAGCACAGGAUGUGGUCUUUGUCAUCCGCGAGAAAGGGCACAACAUCUUCACAAGAGAGGGUUCCAAUCUGCUGCACCAUCGCAAGAUUCCCCUAGUCGAUGCCCUUACAGGCUUCAAGGUUGACGUGCCCAUGCUGGACAAAAAGGAGAGAAUCCUCCGUGUCAACGUAGCUGACAUGGUUAGCCCCAACUAUGUGAAGGUGGUAAAGGGCGAGGGCAUGCCGUCUAGCAAGAUCCCGGGUAACAAGGGCGAUCUGAUCAUCACCUUCGACAUUGUCUAUCCGUCAUCGCUAUCGGCUGACCAAAAGGAGAAGCUGAAGGCUGCGCUGCCCAGGUCUUGA